CGCUCUUGUUUGGACGCCAAUGGCAAUGGGAGUGGCUCAUGCCGCCGCCGCCGCCGCCGCGCGCAGGUGGCUGAACGGCAUACGCACCCAUGCAUCCAACCCUGGAGAGUACUCUGGUGCGUUUGGCGACGUGGGGACGUUCAUCCCGCUGCUGCUGGGCCUCGUCGUGACGUGCGGACUCGACUUUACCGCGGCCGUCUUCUUUGCCGGCGUGUUCAACAUUGUCACUGCAUUCAUGUUUGAGGUUCCGAUGGCAGUGCAGCCAAUGAAGGCGAUCGCAGCGGCCGCCAUUGCGCAGUCGCUGCCCGCCAGCCAGAUCUACGCAGCGGGCAUCCUCACCAGCGCCGUCGUCGGCUUCCUCGGCAUCACCAGGCUGAUAGACGUCGUCAACUGGCUCGUCCCAGAGUCUGUCGUCCGAGGAAUCCAGCUGGGCACAGGCUUGUCGCUCGCCAUGAAGGGAAUUGGCUACAUCAACAACACGAACGUCUGGGCGGAGGGCUCUGAUAACAUUCUGAUGGGAAUUGCAUGUCUCGUACUUGUCUUGCUCUUGUGGGAGCGCCAGACCAUCCCGACGGCGCUCGUGCUGUUUGUGCUUGGCCUCGGACUGGCCAUCUACAGGAACGACCGCGCCAUCCACUUUGAGUUCCGCUUCCCCGGCCCCGUUUCGCUCAAUAGCACCGAUUUCCAGGAAGGAUUCACCAGCAUGGCGCUGCCUCAGAUUCCACUGACCACCCUGAACAGCGUGAUCGCCGUGUGCAGCCUCUCCAACUCGCUCUUCCCUAAAACAGUGGCCAAGCCGUACCAGUUGGCGCUUUCCGUGGCGCUCAUGAAUCUCGUCGUCAGCUGGCUCGGAGCCAUGCCCAUGUGCCACGGCGCAAGCGGCCUUGCUGCGCAGUACCGCUUUGGUGCGCGCUCCAAUGUGGCCAUCCUCUUCCUUGGCGUUGUGCUCUGCACCGCUGCACUGGCGCUUGGCAAUCUUCCGCUGGUCCUCUUCCAGAGCUUCCCAAACUCGAUUUUGGGCGCACUUUUAGCGGUGGGUGGCUGCGAGCUCUGUCUCGCUGCCCGUGGCGGCUUUGCCAAAAAGCCAUCAUCUGCCAGGCAGCAACAGCCGAUGGUAUCUUCAGCGUCGAGCUCUGAGAAUGCUGAAACUGCUGAAAAUGCUGAAAAUGCUUUUGCAAUCGGCGAGCCCGAAUCGCCUGCGCCUGCGCCGCCCGCGCGUGUUGCUGUGGGACAGUCCGACCCACCAGUGUUUGGUGACCAACACGCCUUCUCUGUGACCAUCGCGACUGCUGCUGGCUCGCUCCAAAUCAGCACGUUCGUUGGCUUCCUUGUUGGCAUGAGCGUGCAUGUGCUGCUCUACCUUGGCAUUCACUACCGAACAGUAUGGAGCGACCUUCGUCAAAACGUCCUCCCGAAAGUUCGCCUGUACUUUGAGAAUUUGACUGGCAAACAGGGUACUCCUACUCGCGCAGAGAGAGGCGCUCUUCUCAAGUCGGAAGACUGCUAAAGGCAUCAUAGCAACCAGCUGGGCUGAUCUCAACAGUGCCUUUGGGUUUGCUUUUUCGAUUGUGUUUCUGUUUGCAUUUCAGUUGUGCAUUUGCGGUUGUUUGAAUCAGCUUUUUUUUUUGGACUACAAAAUACAUUAGACCGUUUACUGA